AUGUUAUCACCAUCUUCAUCAGAUAAUGACGACAAUGAACUAAAUAUCAUUGAUUUAUUGUAUCAUUUAUGUAAAGAAAAUGAAAUAGGUGAAUUUCAAAAUAUUCUACCACAUAUUGAUAAUAUAAGUAUUAUAAAUAAAAUUCAAAAUUCAACUGAUUCAACAAAUUGGCAUGUGGCAUGUUAUUAUGGACAUCAACAUAUGGUACCACUUUUAUUAGAAUAUGAAGUUCUACAUUCCAUUAAAAAUUUACGAGAUAACUUAAAAUCUUAUGGAGAAACAUUUAUAAAUCAUAUAAAACAGCUGUUUAUAGAACAUCGGAAACUAUUUUCAAAUAAUAAUUUUGAUUAUGAUUAUAUUGAAUGGUCAGUAGUAGGAGAUGAUCUCCUUAGAAAACGACAUGAAUUCCGUCAAGCUAUUGAUUUAUAUAAAACCUAUAAUAACCAUCAUUUACUGAUAAAUGAAAGUAAUGAUAAUAGCCAUUCAGAAGAUCAAGUUACUAGUAAACAAAUUGAAACUAUCGAAGCAUAUUUUAAAGAAGCUAUAGAAAAACAAGAUUAUUUAACAUAUUUUAUAAAAACUUAUACAUUAACAAAUUUUUUUAAUCAUAUAUUAAAUAAACAUUUGGCUUUGUAUAUAUUACAAUAUUUUGAUAAAACAAAAGAUUUUUCAUCGAAUUAUCGUCCUGUGAAUUGUCUGAUUCACAUUGUUAGACUCUUAAUUUAUCAGCGAAAUUUACCUCAAUAUCGAUAUCAAGGUUUAUGUUAUUGUGGUAUGAGAAUAACACAAAAUGAUUUAGAUCAAUAUCUCUCAAAUCAAUAUAUAUUAAAUCGUUCAUUUUUAUCAACAUCAAUUGAUCGUAAAGUAGCUGAAAUGUUUGCUAGUGAAAGUCAACAAUUCAAAAUGAGACAUACUCCUAAAGAUUAUUGUGCAUUACAAUAUUCAUGUUUAUGUCAAUAUUUAAUAAAACAAAAUUCAACAGCUAUCAAUAUACAAAGUUUAUCAACAAGAUCGAAUGAAAAAGAAAUUUUAAUUCUUCCGUUUACCGUUUUUAAAGUAAUAGCAAUUAAACGAAAUUAUCUUGAUAAUCCAACAGCAUCAAUUUCAAUUGAAAUUGAAUUAGAAGAAUGUGAAGAUCCAAAAGAUAAUAAAAAUGAAUCAGCCAGUUGUCCCAAUAUAUUAGAACGAUCUAGCUGGAAUGCACGUCCCUAUAGAAGUCGUGAGAUUUUAAAAACAUUACCGGUUACAAAUAUUGUUGUACACCAAAUACUAGGUUAUAAUUCAAUUAUGAAUCACCAGAAUUGUAUUAAGAGUAUAAAACAAAUUCAAGAUGAUUCCCUCGAUAAACUAAAAUGGGAUGAUAUUGUUUAUAAUUUUAUCCUAUGUGGUGAUAAUGAUGACCAACAACAAAUUUAUACAGGCAGAGGAUGGAAUAUUACUGGUGCACAUUGUAAAAAUUAUAAUACAAAAUCAUUGGGUAUUUGGAUUAUUGGCAAUUAUGCCGAUAUAAAAUCUUUAAAGGCAUUUAAAUCAUUAAUUCAAUGUGGUAUUAUGAAGAAUUAUAUUAUGGAAAGUUUUACACUCGUUGGACAUUCUAAUUCAAAAGAUAUUUACAAAUAUUAUCUGGAAUAUUUUAAAAAUGAUAAUGAUCUUCAAUAUAGCAAUCAAGCCAGCAAAGAACAGUUUUGGUGUCCAAGCUAA